GUAAGCGAGCCAGCAUUGUGAGGAGAGGGGGGAGCUCAGAGCCAUUUACUCACAAGCUGGAACAGAACACAUAUAUACUGUAUAUAAAAUCGCUAAUUCGGUGUGCAGACGGAAGAAUUCGAAAAACGAAGCAAUAUUGUAGCCGAUAUAUCGCGUAAUAUUCAUUUUACAUACACAAAAUAAUCAGAGUUGUUGUGUUAUAUUUACUAAUUCUCUGAUACUGAAAUCGGUGUUGUUCCCUAACCGACCGGCAUGUCUUACCAAGGAAAGAAGAACAUUCCUCGGAUAACGAUGCACGAAAGAGACUCCACAAUACUGUGUUGCCAACAGUAGUUAUAUGACUCUUGGUCCGAACUUCAAGUCAUUUUGUAUUUUAUCUAGAGUGACCGGCUGAUUAUCAAGGGUGGGAAGAUAGUCAACGAUGACCAGUCUUUUUAUGCAGAUAUAUACAUAGAAGAUGGUAUAAUAAAACAAAUAGGAGAAAACCUUAUUGUUCCUGGAGGGGUGAAGACAAUCGAUGCCUAUGGUCACUUGGUGAUCCCAGGUGGAAUAGAUGUCAACACCUGUCUUCACAUGCCGUACCUGGGAAUGACCCCAGCCGACGGCUUCUACCACGGAACAAAGGCAGCGCUGGCAGGGGGAACCACCAUGAUCAUUGACCAUGUCCUCCCAGAGCCUGGAACAAGUCUCCUUGUCGCUUAUGAUCAGUGGAGAGAGCUGGCUGAUAGCAAGUCCUGCUGUGAUUAUUCUCUGCAUGUGGAUAUCACGCGCUGGCAUGAAAGCCUCACAGAAGAACUUGAAGCUUUAAUCAAGGACAAAGGUGUCAAUUCCUUUCUUGUGUUCAUGGCCUACAAAGACAAAUACCAGUGCACUGAUUCCCAGAUGUACGAGAUAUUUGGAAUUAUCAGAGACUUGGGGGCCAUUGCUCAAGUACAUGCAGAAAAUGGGGACAUCAUUGAGGAGGAGCAGAAGCGAUUGCUCGAGUCUGGAAUUACAGGUCCUGAAGGGCAUGUUCUCAGUCGACCAGAGGAGGUCGAGACUGAAGCUGUGUACCGUGCAAUAACCAUCGCUAAGCAAGCCAACUGUCCACUGUAUGUCACAAAAGUUAUGAGCAAAGGUGCUGCAGAUAUCAUUGCCCAGGCCAAAAGGAAAGGCAUGGUUGUUUAUGGAGAACCAAUCUCAGCUAGUCUUGGUACUGAUGGAUCCCACUACUGGAGCAAGAACUGGGCGAAAGCUGCUGCCUUCGUCACAUCCCCUCCGCUGAGCCAAGACACCACGACUCCAGACUACCUCAACUCACUGCUGUCCUGUGGAGAUCUUCAAGUAACUGGUAGCGCCCACUGCACAUUUUCAACAGCCCAGAAAGCAGUUGGCAAAGAUAACUUCACACUCAUUCCUGAGGGGACCAAUGGGAUUGAAGAAAGGAUGUCGAUAAUCUGGGACAGAUCUGUGACAACGGGGAAGAUGGAUGAAAAUGAGUUUGUAGCGGUAACGAGUACCAACGCUGCCAAGAUCUUUAACCUGUACCCCCGGAAAGGGCGGAUCGCAGUCGGCUCAGACGCUGACCUGGUCAUCUGGAAUCCCAAAGAAACGAAGAUCAUCUCAGCAAAAACACAUAACUUGGCAAUUGAAUACAAUAUCUUUGAGGGGAUGGAGUGCCUUGGGGCUCCAGUGGUUGUAAUGAGUCAAGGCAAAAUCAUCUUGGAAGAUGGGAAACUCCGUGUCACAGAAGGGUCUGGACGCUUUAUCCCUAGAAAGACCUUCCCAGACUUUGUUUACAAAAGAAUAAAAGCAAGGAACAGGAUGGCUGACAUCCGCGGUGUACCAAGAGGCCUUUAUGACGGACCAGUCCAUGACGUCACUACGGCAACUAAAGCCGUGGCAUCCACUCCGUCAUGCAGAGGGUCAUCCUGCCCUGGCAAGGCACAGAUGGCUCCCCUGCGGAACCUGCAUCAGUCUGGAUUUACUUUAUCUGUAGCAACAUCUAACUCUCAGCAAAACCCCAAAGGCAGUAAAGGAGGAAAUCAGAUGGACGACCAUAUUCCCAGACGUACUACACAGCGGAUUGUUGCUCCCCCUGGAGGAAGAUCUAAUAUUACCUCGCUGUCAUGAAAUUUGACAUUCGUUUCUUCAGACUAACCACUCGUACAGUAUUUUGGCUAGUCAUUUCAAGUAUGAAAACACUCACAAAAAACAUUUUGUGAGUAUUAUCCAGGAAAAGCAAAAAGACGCUCACACCCCCCCCCCCCCCCCCCCCACCACUUCUUCUGCUUGCUCGUAGAAUACUCAUAUCAACUGCGAGAAUCAUCCAGGCAAACAUUCAUUUUUAUAUAACGUUGUAGCCUAUAACCCCAAGCUGUGAUUGUGAAUGGCCAAUUCAUUCUUCUUCCAUGAAAGUGUGCAUCCGGCAGUAGUUUUUUUUUGCAAUUGUAUAACAGCAUGCAUGUAGAAAGAACUCCUCAUAGUUACAGUAUAUAAAAUAUUACAGUUCUUGUUAUAAAUAUUCCGGUAUGCUCUAAUGCUAACUUUAUUCAUAUGCAUAGAUUUCAGAAUACAAUUAGAUGCAAAGCUAAACUACAAUAACUUUCAUGUACUCCACUUACUGUGUUGUUUGUUAACAGAUGUGUAUCCUCUGCUGUAAAAGACUAACGUGCUAAUUUAAUUCACUUCUGGCCGGGAAUUCAUCAUUUUAGGAAAAUGUAAAUACAUGUAAUAAUCAGAUAAAAAUGUAAAGCAUUUCUUGUUUUAUUUUGGUUAGAUUAAUACAUUAUCAAAAAUGAUUUACAAUAAUCAGUUGGGAUUAAUGCAUUAUUUUCCUAGCUAAAAUGUCCCUUGGGGCAGAAUUAAAUCAAAAUGAUAGCGUCACUAUAGCAACAUGUUUUUUAAUGGCCAUAGUAGUGCUAUGAUUUGUAUUUCAUCCAGGCCAAACUUAAUCUAAUGGUUUAAAAGUAUUAGAUUCAAGCUUUAACUGCUCAUCAGAAAAACAGUUGUCAGUAUGUUUGUAUCUGUCCAUGAGUCACACCAUGCACCAUAUGAUAUUAGUGGUAAAAAAAAAAAAAAAUGUAUGUCC